AUGUCGGAUGUGUCGAACUUCUCAGCUUGGGAGACCCUGCCGGAGGACGAAUCUCCACCGUGCAUCGCAGUUCGACGCCCAGAGCCACCUCCACGCCACUUUGAGGCGGCCAGUUACACGUUCGUAAACUUCGAACGAUUCUCAAUUGAGACGCCGCCGGAUGACGUACCUCCACUGUUCAUAGUAGUUCGAAGCAUACAGUCACCUCCACGCGAGUAUGAGGUGGAAAACUGUUCUGGAGGACGGUAUUACUGA